CAAGAGGAGACGGGAGCCCGAUAAAUAAAAAACUCUCUCCCCUUCUCUCCGUUCGCGUUUCCCCCCCUUACCUCGCCCGGCCUCCCGCGCGGCCGCACCGCUCGCCUGAGAUCCGCGUCGGCGCUCGCCUCGCCGUCUCCACCACCGCCCCGCCUGCCUCCGAUCUCCACAGAAGGGUGGACGGAGACCGCAUAGGGGGGGAGAUGGCGGCGGAGGAUGGGGCGAGGUCGCCGACGAGGAUGCUGGCGGAGGGACACCUGCGGGUGGCCACCGGCGGGGGCGCGCCGGCCGACGGCGGGAUCGCCGUCCGUCACCUCCCACACCACCACGCAUCUAAGAGAGAAGGUGCUGGUGGGAAAAAUGAGCAAGGCAAUCUUGAAGGUGCAGAUUCUGUACCAUCUCAGGACUUAAACAAACUAGCUAAUGGAAACAGUAAGGUUCCUGCUACAUUAGAUGAUUAUAAAAGGCUUUUAGUUCCUGUAAUUGAGGAGUAUUUUAGUACAGGAGAUGUGGAGCUGGCAGCUUCUGAGCUAAAGAGUCUGGGAUCUGAUCAGUUUCAUAGUUACUUUGUCAAGAAGCUCAUAUCCAUGGCAAUGGAUCGCCAUGACAAAGAAAAAGAAAUGGCUUCAAUUCUGUUAUCUGCCUUGUAUGCUGAUCUACUGAGCUCUUCCAAGAUGAGUGAAGGUUUUAUGUUGCUUCUUGAGUCAACGGAAGAUCUAGCUGUUGACAUACCAGAUGCUAUUGAUGUAUUAGCUGUUUUUGUUGCCCGUGCUGUUGUGGAUGAAAUACUGCCUCCUGUUUUUCUCACUCGAGCAAGAGCACUGCUUCCUGAAUUUUCUAAAGGUAUGGAAGUUCUGCAAGUUGCUGACAAGAGCUACUUGUCAGCCCCCCAUCAUGCUGAGCUAGUUGAGCGCAAGUGGGGUGGAAGCACAUACUUUUCUGUGGAAGAGGCGAAAAAGAGAAUCCAGGAUAUUUUGAGGGAAUAUGUUGAGAGUGGAGAUACCGAUGAAGCUUUUAGGUGCAUAAGGGAGUUGGGCCUUCCAUUCUUCCAUCAUGAGGUUGUGAAACGUGCUCUCACCCUUUCCAUGGAGAAUCUGUCAUCUCAGCCACUAAUCCUGAAGCUGUUGAAGGAGUCAACUGCAGGUUGUUUGAUCAGUUCUAAUCAAAUGUCUAAGGGUUUUUGCCGGCUAGCUGAGAGUAUCGAUGAUCUGAGUCUUGAUAUUCCUUCUGCCAAAACUCAAUUUGAUAAGCUGGUUCUCACUGCUACAUCCGAAGGAUGGCUUGAUGCUUCAUUCACUACAUCUUCUUCCCCUAAUGAAGAUAUGCGAAAUGCAAGUGGCGAAAAGGUCAAGCAUUUCAAAGAAGAAUCUGGACACAUAAUUCAAGAGUAUUUUCUCUCAGAUGAUGUCCCAGAACUAAUUAGAAGUCUUCAAGAGCUUUCUGCCCCAGAGUACAACCCUAUAUUCCUCAAGAAGCUUAUCACACUUGCCCUGGACAAGAAGAACAGGGAGAAGGAGAUGGCUUCUGUCCUCCUUUCUUCACUCAGCUUGGAACUCUUCUCCACUGAUGACAUCAUGAAGGGCUUCAUAAUGCUCCUGCAAUCAGCAGAAGACACUGCCCUUGACAUUGUGGAUGCUCCCAGUGAACUUGCGCUCUUUCUUGCCAGGGCAGUUAUUGAUGAAGUUUUGAUUCCACUGAAUUUGGAUGAGAUCAGUAGCAGGCUACGGCCCAAUAGCAGUGGUAGUCAAACUGUCCAGAUGGCCCGUGCCCUUCUUUCUGCUCGUCAUUCUGGUGAGAGGAUACUGCGCUGCUGGGGCGGUGGCACUGGCUGGGCUGUAGAAGAUGCAAAGGACAAGAUCUCGAAGCUCCUUGAAGAAUACAACACCGGCGGCGACUUGGGGGAGGCUUGCCAAUGCAUCCGUGACCUCGGAAUGCCUUUCUUCAACCAUGAAGUAGUGAAGAAAGCGCUGGUUAUGGCAAUGGAGAAGCAGAACGAAACAAGAAUCUUGUCUCUGCUGCAGGAGUGCUUCGGGGAGGGGCUGAUAACAAUUAACCAGAUGACGAAAGGCUUCGCUCGUGUCAAAGAAGGCCUUGAUGAUCUGAUCCUCGAUAUCCCGAAUGCACAGGAGAAGUUUGGAGCGUAUGUGGAUCUUGCAACUGAACGUGGGUGGCUGCUUGCAUCCUUUGCAUCCGUCCCAUGAUCUUACACCCCCCCCCCCCCGACGGUACCUGUUCCAUGAGAGACUGUUGAACUUGAUGAAUCUUCUCUAUGUACAUCUCCACCCCUGCUGUCUUUAGCACCCAUACGAAAAAAGUUUUCCUGUUCGUAGUGUACCUGAUUCCGUUGUGUUACCGUAUACCGGAGGAUCAUAGGUUGGCCGGGCUGGUACUUGUUGAGAUAGUGUUCCAUUGGUUGGUUUGGGAUUUUAUGCCUUGGGAGAGUUAUGAAUAACCAUAUCGUUUCAGGUUAUGGCAUGCCAUGAACAAUAGAGUUGUUCAUGACCAGUGGAAUUUUUGUAUUUAGCUGCAUCUUGUGGAUGAGUCUGCACAUCUUUGCUGCUUUAGUUUCUACACUUCUGUACCAUCUGUUCAUCUGCCACAUCAAUUUCGACUCUCCUGUAAUCUGUACCGUCUGUUCAUCUGCCAUAUACCCGUUCAUG